AGUAAUGAAAUGAAUGACUUGCUACAGUUGAUGACACAAACACUAAAAAUGGAUAAUAUUGAAAAUUAUUCACAAUUUGCAAUGUCAACACCUGACUCACAAUUCAGACUAAAUAGGAAAUAUAGAGAUACACUGAUAUUACAUGGGAAAGCAGCUGAAGAACCUGAUGAAUUUCAGUUUCAAGAGUUUCCUUCAGAUGACAAAUCUGGUCCCCAGAAUAUUAGGAGAUUGGUUGAGAUUUUAAGAGCAGAUGUAGUUCAAGGAAUUGGGGUAAAGCUGCUAGAAAAAGUUUACGAUGCCAUGGAGGAAGAGGAUGAACAGAAAAGAGAACUAUGUUUGCGGAAACUCAUGGGAGAAAAGUACACAUCUUAUAGUAUGAAGGCUCGUCAUUUAAAGUUCUUAGAAGAUAAUGUGAAACUUUAACAAAUACCUCAGUUGAACUGUUCCUGAAAGAAAGACACUCAGUUUGUAACUGGAUUUUUAAAAUUUUCUUACAUUCAGUCACUUAGAAGAUAAACCUUUUCCCGUAUUGUUUCUUGUUAUCUAUUGUAGAUUGUGUAUUUAGUUUAUAAACAGCAAUACAUGCUUAAAGGUAAGUUUGGGUAAGUGGGAUUUUAUAAAUACUAGCAACAAGCAGCACUUUCUAAUGAUUCUGUCUUUU